CUCCAUGCACCCGAAUUAGAGUCAGCUUGCCCUGUGAUCCGCAGCCGGGGACCAGGCCAGCAAGAGUCCCAGGGCUGCCGUACGUGCACCACUUACGACCGCGCUGGAUACGCCAUAUUAAAUCAUAUCAGACGGGCCCGGCCAAGUCGUGCUGCAGUACACACCUCACCUCUCCAUACAUAACAUCGUCGGCAGCCCCCCACCUGCUCUCUCCCAAGUGCACGACAUAUCUAUCCACGACCAGUCUUUUUCCUUUUGCAGCAUCCGCCCUCUGCCUCAUAGGCGCAUAUCUUGGUUGUUAAUUUCCUUCGCUUGUAAUUAUCUGUUCAACCAUAAUCCGCAACCAUGGGCUUCUUUGUUGGCCUCAUUGUCAACGCCGUCCUCAUAGGCGUGCCGAUUGGCGCCAGCCUGGGCACGCUCUUCGGCGUCAGACCCUUCCAGAACGAGCGCAAGGUCGCACCCACCGAUCCUGAGAGGUUCGACCAUAUCCUCACAGGCUCGAUCUGUGGCGAGUUCCACGAAUUUGCGCUCAACAGGCUCGGCAACAACUACACGAUAAACUCCAACGAGAUCCUCGAGGCCCCUGGAUCCACUCUCUGCACAACCAUCACAAAAUACCAGAACGGCACAUACCCCACAAGCUCGACGACACCGGAUUUCAGCUUCACCUGGGACUACCCCUUCAAGAUCGCCAAUGCCUCGGCUCCAAGGAACCAGACGCAGCCCCUGAUCCACGCGUUCCCGCAAAUCUCGAUUGCCGACGGCGGUGUCCUGCCCAUCAGGCUCGAGGACCUCGGCGAGCUGACGCUCGACUUCAAGUGGACCAUGGGCACGGGCAGCGAGCCCUCUCCCGAGACGAGCGAGCUCCGCCUGGGCGCCGCGCAGGUCAACUCUAGUGUCGCGCUCGACAUGUAUCUCGACUCGACCGAGGAGAGGGCGCGCAACGCGAGCUCUGCCAAGUUUGAGAUGAUCAUCGUCUUUGCCAAGUAUGGUCUUCAGCACCCUGUCGGCUUCGGCAACGGCACCAUCGUCAAGAGCCAGACCAUCGACGGACACGAAUUUAACCUCUUUGCCGGCCAGAACAACAACAAGCAAAACGUCUUCUCGUGGAUCGCGACGCGGCCCGUGACCAGCAUCAACUCGGACCUGCGCCCCUUGUUCACAAGCAUCAUCGAGCUUGACGACAAGCUGGCCACGCAGUUCAAGGUCGACAAGCCCACCUUCACCAACUACCUGGGCUACGCCGGCUUCGGCACCCAGGCAUACAACUCGAUCGGCAACGUCACCUUUGCGGUCAGGGACAUGCAGUUCAACGUGCGCAAGUUUGGCACAACGCGGUGAUUUCUUCUCGCUCCCGCGUCGCGCACCGAAGUUUGAGUUCACCACGCGGCAUCUGACGUGAGGUGAAGGAGGGGCGAUGAGUGUGCGUGUGUCGGUGUAGUUUGCAUUAGUCUUUUUUUUUGGUGGCCACUUGCAUAGCAUUUUCUUGGGUUUCUCUUGUUUUCUCACUCUGUCGUCGCUUUUUCUUGUCAAAUUCUCAAAGGGGUUCAUGGGUUCAUUUGUCUCUCGGGAUCAGAGGAGAUGGCCGGUCCAAAUACCCCGCAUUUAGAUUCGGCCGACCACUCUCCUGGUGUUCACGGUUAAUGUUUAACAAGAAAAAUUUGAUCACCUCCAGAACAAUUUCUCUGUCCAUGAUCUCUCCCCAUCUCUAUCUCUCUCUGUGUGUGUGGCUGCCACGAGACGU